AUGGCGAGCUUUACUGCCCUAAAUAUCGAACCCGCGGAGGACAUUCAAGAAGAGGUCGACGAUACUAAAGAGAUCCAAAUCGAAGAGGCUCUCAAGCUGUACCAGAAUGCCCUCAAACUACAUUCUCAAGGACCGGCCUUUUACCCACAGGCCAAAGAUGCGUACGCCGCUCUCUUACAAUCCGAUGUCUUCAAAUACCCGGAAUCGAUUUCGGACUACCAACGAAAUGCCCUCACAGACGGAGACAACGACGACGUUGCUGCUGAUGCGCUCGGGGAAAUCGAUGUUAAUGACGCGGCGGCGAGUGCUCUACCUCAAACGAUAUACCUUUCGUACAAAAACAAUGGACAGUUCCUCUUGGACGUCUUGAAGGAGACCCUUCGGAAGCAGCCUUCAUCUGAGGAUGAACAGCGUUCGGCUAUCACCAAGGAGUCGCGGUCGGCUAUGGGUAUGUUUGCAGAUGCUCUGGAACGAGAUGAUACAGAUUUGGAUCUUUGGCGGAAAAGCGCCCGCGUAGGAGGGGCGUUGAAUAGCUACCGUCUGGCUCGGUAUUGUUUGGAGAGUGUUCUAGUUGGUGACGAUAACGAGGUUGAAGUACGAACCGAGCAGCUAGGUCUGGAUGAGGCAUUUGCAGCUGAGGAUCUCCGCAAAACAAUUCAUGCGUUGAAGGACGAGCUUUCCGCUAUUCAGGCGCCGCCACUGAAGAAACCACGGCCAUCAUUGUUUCGAUUUUUUGGGAAACACUCUCAAGAUCCGUAUCAGUAUCUCCCUGGAUUGUCGCAAAAUAUAUCAGAUAUAGCUUCUUCUGCUCAGAAACAACCGUUGAACCGUCAUUUCGUAAAACCUCCUGAGAGAACAUGGGACGCUGUUGGCAAAGCUAUUAUGCAGCUACUGACGGAGUUACGACAAACCCCAGGCGUUCCCGAGCCUGGUGCCGCUGUGGGCAUCGAAAUACCCUCUGAAGAAGCCUCUCCACAAAGUCCAGGCGACACGACGCUGCCAGUGCCUGCGAACGACGUUGUUACUGAGAAACCAACGGCAAUGCUUGAAGCUCCAAAUACAAUCGAACCAGUGGAUGACCAAUCCUCAAUCGACCAACGUGCGGAAUCACAGCUAAGAGAAUCUCUCGAAGGUUUCUCCGGACAGCCUGCCAAUACCCAAGGUACAACAACGGAGGACAAGGCAGUGGAUAAUGCCGAUAGCAUAUCAGCCAAUGCCAAUCCCAGAAAACGGUCCUCAACAUCCAUUGCCAAUGAUGAGAUGGGGGACAACGUAAGGACCAAAAGUCGUCGUAUUCGCGCCAGGGAGUCGAAUGUAGAUAACUUGCAACAGACAGAGGAUAUCAAUUUCGAUAACAGAUAUUACGAUGAUCGUCUGGAAGAAUUUGCUCAUGCCGAUGAAUGGAUGUUCGGAACUGUGGGCGAUUUGCUGUCAAAGGCAGGAAUUGAAGUUCUCGGGACGGUCGACGAUCUCAAACAACAAAUGGCUCUUUCAAACAGCCCCAAUUCUCAGCAAUCCAAAGAGGUUGAUUCGAUACUGGUUCAAGAUCUCCAAACUGCCCUCAGAACCUGGAAUGAAGAACGAGCUCGUUCCGCUAUGCAGGGAGAUAGUUCCACGGCGUUACAGGACAGUCGUGGCAGACAACGCUCCGGGCUAGCAAUAUUUCUUGAUCAUUCACGGAAAUCCACACAGAAAGCUAGCAAAAAGAAAGCCCUGUUUGAAAGCAGUGGCUUGGCCGAGUUUACAUCGUACAUUAAUGACCGUUGGCUUCAUGUUCAUGAAGUUAGCUUUGAAUGGCUGAGCAGCCUUCUACAGCCCGGGAGGGCCCAGUUCUCCGAUACAGUGUCUGGCGGACUCUCACAUGAAUCGCCUUAUGUUUCUUUACCGUGGCCCGAAGGUUUGAAGGAGACAGUUGUACAGCUUCUUAUUCAGGAAGACGAUUACAUUUACGAAAGGCUGGUUGACGUCAUUUGUGAAAGCGAGCAGCAAGCUUUGCAACAAGCAACAUCGAACAUGUGCUUGACACCCAUCAAUGAUCUUUACGCCAAGGUGGAUAUGAUACAGGCAAUUCACGAGCUUCACCUAGACAUCUAUGCUCAUAUGAACAACCCAAAUAGCGAGAUCGAUCAAGGAACCCGUACUUUGCAACGUGAUCGCUUAACCAGAUGGGGCGCGUUGGCACAAACCGCGGUCAACAAUCUCUUGGAUGCUGAGCCACCGAGCGAGCAACUUGAUAGGAUUUCUCUUCGCCACCUUUGGUCAAUGACCUUUUAUUCAAAUAUGGGUGAAGAUGUUAGCCGUGAUUAUAUCAUGCUCUGUCUUCAAGAUCUCAAAGACGCUCUAGUAUCAUUUGGUAACCCAGAGAUAACACUCACCAACAAUGCGUUUAUGCCUGAAAUUUCUGCUGCGGCCUUGGAUCAGGAGAUUACGCGGCUCAACUCAAUGGGAUUUUUCAUGAGAAUUUUUGGGUCAGAAGGGGAAGAUCCGGUUUCUUUAAUAGAAAGUAUUGAGCCAGUUCUGGACCCUGCUUCCGUCAAAUAUGUCGAAGAAAAUGGCACAAGCGACGGUACCACCUCACCUGUUCCCGUUCACUUUCGAGAGUUAACCUCAUUCCUUGAUAAGGGGGAUGCAACGCUUCGCCUUUUCCUAUGGCGUAGAUUACAAGAUGCUUAUCGGGCUAUUGACUAUGUUCCCAAAGUCGUGUCGUGCCAACUUCGGAGUAUUGAGGCAAUUGUCAAGGAACUUCGGGGACAAGUCUAUCUUGAGACGCAAGAUGAUCGGCCUUCAAUAUUGCUUAGGUGGUUGAAGUCGACCAAUAACAUCUUGACCAAGCUCAUACCACAGCUAAUUGAUGAUCCUGUGAAAUCAUUCGAAUGCAUUGACGUUGACCACUUGCGCUCUUCGAUGACCGCUGUCGCUCAUCUAUCAAGACUUCUUCAUAGCUUCGCACUGUAUGAAGAUGCAGUCAAAGUAGGGCAACGACCGGCGUUGGAACAUCGAGGCGCUCUCGGAAAAUCUCUCGAAAAUUUCAAGGAAAAACUUCGAGAUAUGCAGGUCAGGUGUUGGGUCUUACAGUAUACACUUUUGAAAGAGUUCAUGAUACAGGAAAAGGAAAAAUUUUCUACGCCAUCAGAUUAUCAGAUUCAGUAUCUCAGAGCUGUCCACAAUGCCCUUGGGAUCCGAUUAACUUGCAAAUAUGCCGACAAGGUCUUGCUCCGUCUGAUGAAAUCGGAGCUUUUAAGUCUCGAGACCCAGGAAGAUUGCGAGUUUGAUAUUGCGCAAGUUCUUCUUGAUCUUCACGGUUUCAAAUUUUCCAAUCAGUUGGGGACUUCUGAUCAUGGGUGCCCGACCGAAAAGCCAAACGCACAAUCUGCAGCGAUGAUGAUAGACUUUGUUCUCAUGCAGGUCAAUCGACUGAAUAUGAAGGACCUGUCUAAGUCUGAUUUGAAAACCACCAUCGAAAAGGUGCAACAGGCUAUUGGGCCUGUCAAGCACUCAUCGUUAUCCUUCAACAAGCGAAUCUUAUCGGCUUAUCUCAAGUCGCCUAUCAAUCCAACGGAACUAUUCGAACUUGUGCGAGGCGUUGGUGGUCUUGCAUUAAGAUCUUUACCUAUGACAUACGCUGAGAAUGCAAAGAAAGGGUGGUACUUCUUGCUUGGUCAUGCGUCCUUGACGAAGUUUCGUUCUCAAAAACGGUUGAAUGCAGUACCUACCAAUGACCUCGAUGAUGCCAUUGGAUACUUUCGGCAAGAUCUGGAAUAUGCCACAGGACGAUGGGAGACCUGGUAUAGACUCGCUCAAACCUACGAUACUAAACUCGAAGAAGACAUCAUAUGGUCCUCUGACAAGAUCAACAAUAAUCAAUCCGAGUUAGCAAGCAUCCAGCGCAACGCAAUCCACUGCUAUGCCAUGGCAGUUGCAGGUGCAUUAAGAGCCGCUGAAGAUGAUUCAAAGACACGGCAGACAAUUUCGGAGCUGUUCACCGACUUUGGAAUGCGGUUAUAUGCAUCCUCACGUGAACCGCUAAAUAUGGCCGCUUUCAGUCUCGGAGAUAUUGAACGCCAUUUCAGCCGAUUUGAAAGCCAGGAGCUAUAUACAGGCAAACCGUUUAAGGAGCUUGGAACCUACUCUGUUUGGAGUCUUGCUGGUCACAUGUUCAAGCGUGCUAUGGUUGACAAGCCAGAUUACUGGAUCAACCACUAUAUGCUGAGUAAAUGCCGGUGGAAGAUGUUUAACAGCGACGAAGCAACGCGUGGGAACGCUAGGAUGAUGACUAUCGACGAGGUCCUAGAUCCUCUUCUUGAUGCGAUUGAAGCAUUACCGCAGCGAAAAGAAAGAGGAUCGUUGCCGGAUCGAAUACUUGAGCCGCAUUUUAGGUUAGCUUCUGUACUUCACAAACUGGUUACGCGGAAGCUACUAGAGCCCAGUAAAGCUGGGGAGAUCCUAGCUGAGACUCCCUGGUCUAAAAAUCUUUCGCUUCCGCAGAAUAUGGAAGAGUGGACACCAUAUAUACUGGACGUCUUGAAGCAACUCAAGCAUGCUGAUAAAUCUAACUGGCAUCAUCGCAUAUUAUCACGCAUGGCAAAGGUUCACUACCAUGGUCAGGAAGAUGCUGAUGCAGCAGCAGCAGCAAAGAACGAAUUGAUGCCACAGAUUUUUACUAAGACUAUGGUUUUACAAGUCUGGCGCCCAGAGUACGAAAGACCAGGUCGUCAUUAUGUCUAUACCACUCAAUACGUCUCUUACUUUACCAAAUUGCUGGAACAAAUCAGUGACCAUGUCAGCCUCGAACAACUGCUGCGUAGAGUAAGAAAAAAGCAAGGGGACUAUAUCAACCAUACGAAGCUUUGGGAGGAUAUGUGCAUUGUAUAUGCAAAGCUUAUUCGACGUGCGGGGAAUAUUUCCGAGCACUACGAAGAAGGCGUCUUCAAACAGCUAGGCUGGGAUGAAUUUGUUACAAACACCGCUCGCCUGGACUCGUUUAAAGAUCUUGCGACAACCUGUGGACCAACAAUGGACUUGCUUCGCGAGGCAGUGGAAUUCAAGAAGCUGAACAACAAUCUCAUGAAAGUCACUAUGUUUGAAGACCUCACCGCCGAUAUAUAUGCCCGCUUGUAUGAGGAGAAUAAGCAUCGGUUUAUUGAACAGGCAAAUGAAGAGAACAGGGGAAGGAUGAAAGUUGACCACCUUUUGAUGAACACCGAUGGUGCUGCUGAUGUACCUACGCCCCCUACAUCGGCUCCUGCAUCUGAGGCACCAGUCCCACGCGGUCGAACAAAGGGUAUCUCCCGCAGGGACAUUCAAAAACGAGCCGAAGCCAUUGUCAGUCGUCAUGCUCGCCCUGCAAUAACUAAAACGGCUGCUACCCCAGCCGAAGAAGAGAAGUUCCCUACUGCACCAAUUGUUCGGGUUCCCACUGUAAGUAGCAUUCGGGGAUUUGUGACAGGAAUUGCCUCUGCAGCACAGGAUAGUGUGUCAGCUAGUCUCCAUGAAAGCGCCGACGAUGAAAGCGAACUCAGCGAGAUCGAUGACGAGAAACUCGCCAAGCUAAAAGUAGAGCAAAGUCUUUUGUUCCCGAAUCUGAAAACAAUGAGGUCUCCCGAACCAGUUUCUGAGCUGUCCACAGUUAGUCUUGAUGGAGACGGGAAUGACGAAGCCAUGACGGUUGACGAUGAAGCCAAUGACCAUGAUGGCGAAGAUGACAUGGAAGGCGAAACCGGCAUUACCGAAGAGGGAGAGGAAGGAGACACGGAAUUGCAAGCAGCCGCGGACGAUGACGAAGAUAUGGAUAACGUUGACGAAGAUGAAGAUGCUGAUAUAGAUAUCGACAAAGUGGAUACUGCUGAAGAAGCCGGGGAUGAAACAAUGAUGACUGUCGAUGAGGGUGAGGAGACCGAAGAAGACGAAAGUAUGCUUCAUACCCACGACAAAAUGGAUGGAGAUAUAGACGGGGAAGAGAAAGAAAAACGAGGAGAUGAUGGAUCUGCAGCAGUUGAUGGCGUAGAAACUCCUGUUGAUGUCGAACUUUCAAAGACAGAUCAACAGAACCCAGAGGAAACUGCUGCAGAUGGCGACGAGGCGUCAUGA